CCCGCAUUCCCCUAUAAGUUCACAAAAAUAUGCCUGAGUGCCCUUCUUUCCACGAGUAAUAAUGUAAUUCUCUGAUCAGGCAGGUUAUGUUAACACUUUCGAUCACGUUUUAAUUGCUCGAAAACUGUUGGGAUAUUUUCGUAUUUACUGAAACCAGAAUUCAUCAAUCAUUAGCGUCUAAUCUUCUUCGAUUGAUCCACAUGAGUCAAGAUUGCUGUUAGACAAACACUUGGAGUAAAAUCAUAUACUCAACUGGUUUUUGGAGCUAGAUAUUCAUCAUUAUGCAAAGUGUCAUCAAUUCUGUAAAAGGUACCGCACUAGGUGUUGCCGAAUAUUUAACUCCGGUUCUGAAGGAGAGCAAGUUCAAAGAAACUGGUGUUUUAACACCAGAAGAAUUCGUCGCAGCUGGAGAACAUCUUGUCCACCAUUGCCCAACCUGGCAAUGGGCAGUAGGAGACGUAGACAGAAUAAAGCCUUAUUUGCCAAAAGACAAGCAGUUUUUACUUACGCGUAAUGUACCCUGCAGUCGCCGAUGUAAACAAAUAGAAUACAGUAAUGAAUUAGAACGCAUCAUAGAGGUUGAUGAUCCCGAAGGUGGAUGGGUUGACACCCAUCAUUAUGAUCCUAGUCUUGGAGGAGUCGACGAGAAAGUUACAGAAAUGACUUUGGAGGAAACUCAGACACCUUCUUCUUCGAGAGCUGACCUUGAUACAGACGAUGAUGAUGACGAAGAAGCUGCUGACAUGGAAGCCUUCGAAGUCAGCGGAAUGCUUGACGAGCAAGACAAGUACACAGAAAACUUGAAAAAACCAACAAAAGGAAAGGGUGAUUCCUGCCAGGAAGGGGAAAUUAUACAUACACGGACGUACGAUUUGCACAUCACCUACGACAAAUAUUAUCAAACGCCGAGGUUGUGGCUUUUCGGAUACGAUGAGAGACAAAUGAGGAAGUUCUGGAAAAAAUUUGGAGAUGCAUUUGAUAAACCGGGCAGAGCAGAAGACAUGACUAAAAUUUUUGUGAAAUUUUUAUGUGGUCCUAUCUCGAGAUCAGUAAACUUUUUGAAGAGAUAUGGAAAGAAACUUUGGAUAGAUAUAGUAUUUAAUCGUAUUAGAUAGCACGCCCUCGGAUUCUUCUUGUUAUUCUUGUUUGUGUGUUUUUUAUUUUUCAAAAUUCCCCACGGGGGUGAUACUACGUGAUAAAAAUUAGAAACUAAUAUUUCCCAUACGGCCGCUUAUGGAGAGACAUAGGUCCCUAUGUGGCAACUUAUUAAUAUUGUUAAUAAUUUGUGAUACCGCUUAUUGAUAUUAUUAUACAAAAUAAUUGAAGAACACAAUCCCAUCAAUAAAUGACUUCAUAAAUUAUUGAUAUUGUUGGUAACAGAAUUGCAACCAUAAAUAGAACUCGGUACCGCCUUGCACGAAAGGGUUGCUGGCCCGCAUCCGUGGUUAGCCGGAACCCCCCGACGGGUUCCGAAAUCACGAGCGACGGAACGUUCCGUCGUCAGUCUCUGCUCGUUCGUUCGGUCUUUAACCGUUUCCAUCUAGUAAUAGUGAGUGCUCUCGCCUUCCCGCUCUAUAGUCAAUCCCGAAGGAAGAUCUUCGGCCUCUCUAUGGUCCUUCUUAGGACCACCUUCGCAUCGAAGGAACUCCAUAUCGCUCACGACUACGCAUAUACGCUCUUAUGAGGGAUGCUUCGAUCACCAGUGCCUUGCUACGAGCUGGCUAUCUUCAACGCAGUUUGUAAGUGGCAAUAAAUGCUAAUAUU